GUGCCUAUCCACCAAUAACCGCGCCGCGAACGUACGGUCGUCGUGUAUAUAUAUAGAAACAGCUGACAGUACGUGCCACUUCAGAAUAAAGAGAGCAGUUCCAACUAAAACUACUUCGAAGCUUAGCAGAGCCAAGCCAUCACGUUAAAAAGCAAGUGAUCGCGAGUAGCCACUCAUCGAUGGGGCCGGCGGCGGCCCGCCCCGACAGUGGCGCGCCGGAGACGGAGCAGCGGAGGGUCUUCCACUUCGGCAAGGGCAGGAGCGACGGCAACAAGGCCAUGAAAAACUUGCUGGGCGGGAAGGGCGCGAACCUGGCGGAGAUGGCGAGCAUCGGGCUGUCGGUGCCGCCGGGGUUCACCGUGUCCACGGAGGCGUGCCGGCAGCACCGGCAGCUCGGCGGCGGGGCCAUGCCGCCGGGGCUCUGGGACGAGGUCCUCGACGCGCUGCGCCGCGUGGAGCGCGACAUGGGCGCCGGCCUCGGCGACCCGCGCCACCCGCUGCUCCUCUCCGUGCGCUCCGGGGCCGCCAUCUCCAUGCCCGGCAUGAUGGACACCGUGCUCAACCUCGGGCUCAACGACGACGUCGUCGCUGGCCUCGCCAACCGCGGCGGCCGGCGAUUCGCCUUCGACUCCUACCGCCGGUUCCUUGACAUGUUCGGCAACGUGGUUAUGGGAAUACCUCAUGAGCUAUUCGAAGAAAAACUAGAAGCCAUGAAAGUUGCAAAAGGGUUUCGAAACGAUACUCAGCUGAAUGUCAAUGAUCUGGAAGACCUUGUCGCUGAAUAUAAGGAUGUUUAUGUGGCGACCAAAGGUGAACAGUUUCCCUCAGAUCCAAAAAGGCAGUUGCAUUUGGCAAUCUUGGCUGUUUUUGAUUCAUGGGACAGUACUAGGGCAAAAAAGUACAGAAGCAUUAAUCGGAUUACUGGAUUGAUGGGCACUGCUGUGAAUGUUCAGUGCAUGGUAUUUGGCAACAUGGGUAGCACAUCAGGCACUGGUGUUCUCUUUACUAGGAACCCUAGUACCGGCGAGAAAAAACUUUAUGGAGAGUUCCUUGUCAAUGCUCAGGGUGAGGAUGUGGUUUCUGGAAUUAGAACUCCACAAGAACUUGAUGCAAUGAAGGAGUGCAUGCCAGAGCCUUAUGCAGAACUUGUUGAGAACUGCAAAAUCUUGGAAAGACAAUAUAAAGAAAUGAUGGACAUUGAGUUCACUGUUCAAGAAAACAGACUUUGGAUGCUUCAGUGCAGAACAGGUAAGCGUACUGGCAAAGGUGCAGUAAAGAUUGCUGUAGACAUGGUCAAUGAGGGCCUGAUUGACCAUCGCUCAGCAAUUAAGAUGGUGGAACCACGACACUUGGACCAACUUCUUCAUCCUCAGUUUGAGAACCCAUCAUCAUAUAAAGACAAAGUCAUCGCUGCGGGCCUACCUGCAUCACCAGGAGCUGCUGUAGGUCAGAUUGUCUUCACAGCUGCUGAUGCUGAAACAUGGCAUUCAGAAGGAAAGUCUGUUGUUUUGGUGAGGACUGCGACUAGUGCGGAGGAUGUUGGUGGCAUGCAUGCAGCUGUUGGAAUUCUCACAGCCAGAGGUGGUAUGACUUCUCAUGCCGCAGUUGUAGCACGUGGCUGGGGAAAAUGUUGUGUGGCAGGAUGCUCAAGUAUCCAUGUGAAUGAUGCUGACAAGGUGUUAGUGGUUGGAGACAAGGUGCUUUGUGAAGGUGAUUGGUUAUCACUGAAUGGAUCAACCGGAGAGGUUAUUUUGGGCAAACUGCCUCUAUCCCAGCCAGCACUUAGUGCUGAUUUGGGAACAUUCAUGUCUUGGGUGGAUGAAGUUAAACAACUAAAGGUCAUGGUCAAUGCAGACACUCCGGCAGAUGCACUAGCUGGAAGGAAAAAUGGUGCUGAAGGUAUUGGGUUGUGCAGAACUGAACACAUGUUCUUCUCUUCUGACGAGAGGAUUAAGGCCAUGAGGCAGAUGAUAAUGGCAGAUACUGCUGAACAGAGGCAAGAAGCAUUAGACCUUCUCCUGCCAUAUCAGAAAACAGACUUUGAAGGGAUUUUUCGUGCCAUGGAUGGCCUUCCUGUAACUAUCCGGCUCUUGGAUCCUCCACUUCAUGAGUUCCUUCCAGAGGGUAACAUCGAGGAUGUUGUCCACAUGUUAUCUUGUCACACUAAUUCUACUCAUGAGGAAAUCCUUGCAAGGGUUGAAAAACUUUCUGAAGUGAACCCGAUGCUGGGUUUCCGUGGGUGCAGACUUGGUAUAUCAUACCCAGAACUGACGACAAUGCAAGCCCGUGCUAUCUUCGAAGCUGCUAUUGCUGUGAAUGACCAAGGUUUCCAAGUUUUCCCUGAGAUAAUGGUUCCACUUGUUGGAACACCUCAGGAACUUGGCCAGCAGGUGAGCGUGAUCCGUCAAGUUGCUGACAAGGUUUUUGCCAAUGCAGAAACAAUAAUUAGAUACAGAAUUGGGUCCAUGAUCGAGGUUCCGAGGGCAGCUCUUAUAGCUGACGAGAUAGCAGAGCAGGCAGAAUUCUUCUCAUUUGGGACAAAUGACCUCACACAGAUGACAUUUGGUUACAGCAGGGAUGACAUUGGCAAGUUUCUCCCAAUCUACAUGUCCCAGGGUAUUCUGCAGCACGACCCAUUUGAGGUGCUCGACCAGAAAGGAGUCGGGGAGUUGGUUAAGAUUGCCACUGAGAGGGGCCGAAGUUCAAGGCAUGAUUUGGAGGUGGGCAUUUGUGGUGAACAUGGUGGCGAGCCUUCUUCAGUUGCAUUUUUUGCGAAGGCUGGGCUGGACUAUGUUUCUUGUUCGCCUUUCAGGGUCCCAAUUGCAAGGCUAGCCGCAGCACAGGCGGCCCUCUGAUGAGCGCGAAUUUGUGAAGCUCCUCCGCAAGCAGUCUGUUGGUGCGUCCUGUAGAUAAAUAAUGCACAGAUGGGCACCUCUUGAAUGGUCGCUUGAGAGGCGCACGGUGUAUCUAGUAACUUGUAGCUUUGUAAGGCAUGUGUCCCAAAACGUUGGGAUGCCAUCGUGUCAAUGUCCACAGGUUGUACAAUAGCUCGUUUGCCUGCGGUGCUGUUAAAAAGACUAGGGAAUAUGAUGUUAUCAUUUACACAAGGAUAAAAUGAGUUUCAGAAAGCAUAAAA